AUGUCGAAUCGGUCGUUGACGUCGGCCCUCAGGUCGCUGGGCCGGUGCCAAGGGCCCUCCUCAAGGCUAAUUGCCUGCCACUCGAGGCAGUUCAGCUCGUCGCCCGCUCAUGGCGUCAGGGCCGUAUUCGCCGAGACCGACAACAGCGACCUCAACGCCAUCCUCCGCACGAUACAAGAGAAAAUCAUCCUCCCCGCGUACCUCCCCGAGAAGCAGCGCAAGCUGGUCUUUGACCCCAAGAUGCGCUCCUACCUGGAGCAGAACCCGGUUGUCAUCGAGGUCGAGGGCCUCGAGCACAAGUUCUCCUCCAUCGACCGCUUCAAGGGAAUCGAGAACUCCAAGGCGAUCCUAGCCAAGGCCCUCGGAAACAUGCACACGAGCGAGGACUGGACGAACCUGGGCACCCUGCUGGCCGGGUACAAGAAGGCCGGCAUCAAGCUCAAGCCCGACCACUGGGGCAAGGUGGUGCGCGUCGCCGGGUCGCGCGGCCAAAUCUACGCAGUUAUCGAGUGCGCAAAGCAGUCCGACAAGACUGGCCUGCUACUGACGAACCGCGAGACCGUCGUGCGGGUGCUCGCCUACGUGAACGACAAGACCGCCGCGAACCCCGGCGACGUGGCCGAGGCCCGGCAGGCGCUGCGGUGGGCAGAGCAGGUGCUGGACCUGCUUCAGCGGCCAGAGCACAUGCUCCAGACGGUGCGGUCACGCGACAGGCUGCACUAUUCGCGCGUCGUUCGUGGCAUGGUUCUGUUUGCGCGGUCGUCAGCCGUCAAGGCGGAGCAGGAGGCGGGCGAGUCGGCUGAGCAGGACCUGUCCCUGCUACGAGAUGAUGUGACUUUGCUCGAGUCUCUAUGGGAAGGCGGCGCGCCGCAGGACCUGGCGACCCUGGAUGAGUUUGCCAAACUCAACCCGACACCCGAGAGGAGCAGCGGCGCGCGGGUACCCCAGGCGCUCAACGGCAGUUCAUAUGUGCAGGUGCUCGCGCAGAACAUCAAGGGCAUCCAGACAACACGGGAACUUCUAGGCGACGAGGCAAAGAGCCUGGCCCCUGUCGAGGAUGCCCUCGAGAAGCACCUCAGUGAAUUUGUCCAGACGGCGCCGGGACGGACAAAGGGCUGGGAGGACGAGUACGAAAAGGUGGUGGGUAAGACGCCGAGCUGGUCAAGCGCCUAA